UUUUGAUGCUUAAUAGAAUUUAUCGUAAAGUAGCCCCAGAAGAGGAAAAAAUCAUUAAGCCGAGAAAUCUUCCUACACUUCCUUUAAAUAAUGAAGACUCAUUCUUAGAAAUCCAAAAGUUCUUGUUGAGUGAUGAUAACUUUUACCCUGUAGUGGAUUAUUUUGUUAAACUAAUGAAGGUUAAUGAACAGACUGAUGAAUAUGCAGCUGUUGGCCGUUUAUUACCAAAAGUAAUAUCAAAUUCUUUGGCUCGAAUGGUCAAUUAUUCAGGAUCAGGUGACAAACUUAAAUUCGAAAAUACAAAACUUCAUGAGGCAAUCAGCUGUGCUGUUUUAAAUGCAUUUCCAAAGAGUAAUUUAACAAAAACGGAGAAAAAACUCCAACGAUGGUUUUACACCAGUAAUCAGCGAAAAAUUUAAA